AUGGUGAGGGUUGGUGAAGCACUGAGUGUAUCAACCUCAUCUUCUUCGUCGCUCUGCGAAAGUGAAGCUGAGGAGCUUCAAAAGAUGCCAUUGGAACCACCAAGAAUUAAGGCCAAGAAACGUCUCUCGAAGCAACUCUCGAUGCUCGAGACCCGAAGAGACAUCGCGUGGGAACGUCGCCGUCGCCAGAUGCUGCAUCACCUCGAGAGGAAGCAAAUAAACGAAGGAGGAGAUGACUUGACGGACGAGGACUUGAGUGAGCUCAAAGGCUCUAUUGAGUUAGGGUUUGGGUUUAACGAAGAGCAAGGCCAACAACUUACGACUACAUUGCCUGCUUUGGACCUUUACUUCGCUGUGAACCGUCAGAUCUCGCCGGUUUCUACACCAGGCAGCGGUGGAUCUUCAUCGUCUCGAUCAACUUCCUUUGGAGACCGAUCCUCCUCUUUCGGUAGUCACAUAAGCGACUCAUCAGAUGGCCUGAAAUUUAUGUCUCCUGGAGAUGAUCCCCAGCAAGUUAAAACGAGGCUGAGGCAUUGGGCACAAGCUGUGGCAUGUUCUGUGAUACAAUCUUACAAUUAA